AGUCGGUGGGCAGGAACUGUGUCGGUUUCUGAAGAAGCAGAGAGAGAGAGAAAGGGGGAGCAAACCGUGUCUGGGUCAGCUCGGUCUGUCAUCUCAGACAGUCAGAAAGAGCAAGACAGUACGCGAGAGAGACAGACGGCACGCAGGCAGCAGGAUACAGGAGGUAUGUCAGAGGAUGUGGUUACCCUGAGCUUACAGAACAUUGCACAGACAUACUUUGAGCAUGACCUAACGGCAGCAUGCAAAGUGUGUUUUCUGCGCUCCACUAGCUGCCUGCCGCAGGAGGACUGAUCCGCUCGGGAUCCUGGCUUGUUGUUAUUAUUGUGCCGUCACAUCCAACGGGAAUCAUACUGUCACUCUUGCGGUUCACACGCUGGACGGUGGAUCGCUGACUCAAACUUGCAGCCUCUGCGUGUUGACACCUCCACAACAGGAUUAAGUGCGAACUUGUUCGGUGGAAAUGGGCUGCGGGUUGAGGAAGUACCGUCAGCCGGAAGACAACAGUCCGGGAAAGAUUUACUCCACCCUCAAGAGACCGCAGGUGGAGACCAAGGUCGGGGUCGCCUACACUUACCACCACUUGGACUUCCUGGUGGGGAAAGACAAUGGGACAUCCACGCUGUGCCUGUCCUCAGUGAGGGAGCUGCCGUCUCAGCUGCAGGAUCUGUACCAGCAGGGCUUCAUUCUAGCAGCUGUGCACCCCUUUGUCCACCCGUGCGGCCCCGAGCCCGCAAGCGUCCAGCGCCAGCUCUACCGGGCAGUGCUCUUCAAAGUCUCUGACAGCUGGGAGAAGAAUCCGGCAGACAUUGAGCCCUACCAUCUCAAACUGGAGGAAUGCAUGUCUGCAGGCCAGAUUCCCACCACGGAGCACAUCCAAGGAUACGUGAAGAAAUGGAUCCAGGAUGCUGCGGAUCAGGGAAUCAUGUUUGUGGGCUUCAUCCAGGAGCCAGCUGGCCUACGCCCACAUGUGCUACGGCACGGAGAACCAGAGGAACCCUCCCUCUCCCUGCACUCUAGCCCCAGCUCGCUUCACGGCUCCGGGCUGACGCCCAGUCCCAGUCCCCUGGAGGAGCUGGAGCUGGGAGACGAGUCCGGAGCGGAGAACGAAGGGAAAAACGGGGGAGGUGAGGUUCUGAGAGAGGACGUGAAAGCUACUGAAGGUGGAGAUGGAGGAGAUGAUCUCUCUGUUGAGAAAUCAGGAUCUGGUGAAAUACAGCAAGGAGAUACACUGACACACAACAACAACGACAUGGCCAAAAUCACAGACACAUCCGAGAAACCCAGCAGGUUGGCCCUGACUAAGAGUGGAGCUGAGCUCUUUGGAUUGUUUAACUACCCUGGUCGGCGUGAGGGUCAGCUGAAGUACUACACGGUUAAAGUGCCUCUACGAGUGCAGCCGCAGGGCGAGGGCAUCUGUACUAUGGAGGCCAACUGGCUCGAUCACAUGACUCAACACUUCAACAAUGGAGCUUUACUAGUGGACGGAUACUUUCAGCUGGCCAGAGACAACGAUGUUCUCAUCAAAUCUGUGGACAGUGUGUUCGUGUUCCAGGAGGGAGUGGAGAGCGACACCAAUGCAGCUGCUGCGUAUGAUGCUAUAGUAGUGGAACAAUGGACAGUCAUUAGUGGUUUACAGGUGAAGACAGACUAUAUUCCCCUGCUGCAGUCACUGGCUUCAUUUGGAUGGAGACUCACUUGUGUGCUGCCUACACCCAUCAUCAAGACGAACAGUGAUGGCAGUUUGGCCACCAAGCAGAUCAUUUUCCUCCAGAGACCAGUGUUGCCUCGUAAGAAGAAGGAAUCUAAGAAAGUCAUCUUUAAAGCACGGAACAAGUCCAACAAGAACUCGGUCAAAGACGCACCAAAGAACAAGAAGAAGAAAGACUCCGCACCCACCGUAGAGAGAGAGAUAAGUGAUCAAAAGCAAUGUGAUGGAGCCGAGAAGAGCGCAGAAGAGACAAAUACAAGUGUGAAUGAACGACGGGAGGAAAACCAGAAUAAUGAGACUGAUGCUGAAGUGCAGAGUGAACAGAAAGAGGACAGAGAGGAAGGGAACGACACACAGGAAGGGGCUGUAGGAGCAGGCAGGGAAAAACAAGAAGCGGUGGGCGGAAAUAGUGAGAGAGACGGAAAUGCUAAGAUUGAAGUAGAAGUUAAAGAGGAAGAGUGUAGUGUGAAAACAGAAGCUGAAAUGGGGUCGUGUCAAGACAAGGCCUCAGCUACAGCACAAGAAACAGGACGACAGGACAAUGAGGUGGACAAACAGGAAGAUAGCUCAGCCAAUCAGGAUUGAGGAUGUACUCGCAGCCACCAGGCCAAUGGAAGUGGAUCUUUAUGAAUGUUCUAACUGCUACACUGCAAAAAAAAAGAUGUUGUCUUGUUUCCGGUAUCUAAACAUCCUUAAAACAAGUUCAAUUUACAAAACAAGAAAACAAGCCAACGCAGACUAAACAUGUCUUGUUUUAUUGAUCUUUAAAUACUCAAGACGAAACUACUGGUUGAUGUCGCGUAGCUUAAUGUUUCAGACAGGUGAAAACACCUCACCUGACAUUUCCACCUCUUCUAACCAAUGCUGAACAUUUAACUCACCGCUGGUGAGCGUGCGAUAACAUCCCUUCCCCAUCGAGAUCGUUAAAUGAGCCAAAAGGACUCCUGUAUCCAGGAAGAGGGAGGAGAGAUGGGAAGAGAUUGUUAUCAGUAAAUGCACUGGAUGGAAAACCACAUUAAUAUUUACCCACUGAGCCCAGAGAGCCGAGACAGACUCGAAGACGGCAUCUCAGACGGACUCCGAGGAGAAGGUUACUGUCGCGAGAAGCAAUCUGUUGUGUUGUAAUGUGCAUUUGUUUGUGUAUGUUUUUGUUUACGUUUAUAUGAAUAUUUCAUAUCACCAUCCAAACGAAAGGGUCAGCUUCUCGAAAUUGAAGAGAAGUUUCAGGACCUGGUAGAGAAUCAUACCGGGAAUAUUUCUAUUAAGUUUGUUGUGCAGUGGGGGAAACUUUUUGUCUGUUUGGUUGUUAGCAUUCAGAGCGUAUCCACCACCGGUUUAAAGAAUAAAAAUUCUGUCAUCAUUUACUCACCCUCAUGUUGUUUCAGAUAUGUAUGACUUCAUUCCAUGGGAAAAGUGAAUGAAGACUGGGGCUGUUGUAUGGAAGCUCAUUUCUGCCACAUGAGAAAAAAAAAAAGAAUCCAUUAGUAAAAAAAAAAAAAAAAUCUGUCAUAAUUAUGAGAUAUAGAGUAGAAAUUCACAUAAAAUUUUGACACUGAAAAGAUAAAUAGUCAUCAUAAGUCAUAAUUUAACUUUUUUCAUCGCAUAAGUGACUUUUUAUCCCAUCAUUUUGACUUGUGUCACAAUUUCAAUUUAUCUCAUUAUUAUUAUUAUGUCAUAUUUGUUACCUUUUAUCCCAUAAUUUUGAUUUAUGUCAUAAUUUCAGCUUAUUUCAUCAUUAUUUAGUAUGUCAUGUUUGACUUUUUAUCUCAUAAUUAUGUUUUAUAUCAAUUUUAACUUUUUAUCUCACAAUUAAAAAAAAAAAAAAUUAGUCAUGAUGACAAUUAUGUCAAAAUUAGGAUUCACCUGCAGAAAUUGGCUUCUAUACUUUUGAGCUCCAGAUGCAUCGGAAACGUAGGCCAUCUAAUUAAAAAUAUAUUAUUUUACCCAAAAGCUGUGGGUGUAGUAUAUUUUUAUGUAAUAUUUAUAUUGUAUUGUUAGCUUAGCCACAAGCUUAAUUAAACUAUCCACUGAAUGCUUUGCGCAACAAAAAUAAGUAAAAAAAUGGUAAAUGAUGACAGAAUUAUCAUUUAUAGAGUGUAUUAUUGCUUUUAAAAGAGGCAGGUGGCAAAAUAAGUGUCUGUUUGGGCUUCAGUUUACUUUUACAUUAAGACAAUCAGCUCUAGCUCUAAUAGAAACAUUUUCAACAUUGCUUUCAGAGGCAAUAAAGCGAUUUUGUGAUUUUGUUUGAGAAAGUCAACACCAGAAAGAUGAGACACACUCAUGAACAGAUCCUUUCCUUGAUUUAUUUAGCAGAUGACUAAGGGGCCGUUCACACAGGACCCUUUUUUUCAUGUUAAAAACAGCAGAGCGCCACAAAAGGUGGGUUUAAAUGCACAUUAACUCCCAGACUGGCUAAUGUUCACCUCAAGAUGUUGAUUUGUAACUAUUAAACUAUCAACUCAAUUUUGAUAAAAAAUACAUCAAAUUACAGAAAUAAACUUGUAAAAAUCAUGGCACGGAUGUGCACAUAUGUGCACUGAAAUGAAAAAAGACGGAAAUGGUAGAAACUAUUUUUUUUUUAGAAUAUUUCACUGCACAAAAUUCAUUAGGAUACUGACAGUUUUUAUUAUGAAAAUCGCAUUUUCUGAGGAGGAUGUAAUAUGAGAGUGAAACUUCACGGUGUUAUUAUAAAGACCGCCGUCAAUUUUCAAUUUGCAUAAGGAAAUAACUGGAUACGUGGAUAAUGUGCAACAGAAUGUCGUGAUGGGAUAGAUGGGUUAUUUCAUGACAAUGAUUUUAUUACCCUGAUCUUCUGGGAUGAUUCAGAUUUAAAGUGAACAACAGAAAAUGAGGAUAAUGCGAUUACAGGUACACGCGGUUCUUCAGCUUUUAUUAAUGAAGUGAAUGUCUUGCAUUUUAGAAACCAGAUCCCUUAAUCCAGCAGAAUCACAAGACUACAAUUUCAGAUAGAAAGUAUUAUCCUAUCUGACUCGUGGUUUAGAAAUUAUUAUCAAAAAAUAACACAAAGUAUGUGUUAAAGAAAAAUAUUAUUCAACAUAUUAUUUUACCAAUUAACAACAACUGGAUAACACAUCGUGUUUCUAUAUCAGAAAAGGCCAAAAAGCAUUUAGACGCUUAAAGGUGCAUCCACAUUCGUGAAAUUUCAGUCAGUAUAGUGUAACGAUCUAUGAAUCACAGCUCACACUGAAGUCACUUUCAAACCAAGAUGAAAAAUGUUAUAUCAUUUGAAAGUAACAUUCCUAUAAUCGUAGCAAAAUUCUAAAAUGGAACGUUCCCUUAACAUUCACAUAUCAAAACUGUUUUUAUAAUUUUUUAUUUUUUAUUUUUUAAAUGGAUGUUUGGAACGUUCAGAAAACAUUCAUAAUUUAAUGGGAACGUAAAAAAAAAUAAAAAAAUAAACUUAGAACAUACUUUGUUAGCUGGGAGAGUUCAAGCAAACUUUACAAGCAAAACAUUUCACAAAAAGAUAAAAAUUCAAUAAUUCAAAACCACUGUCUGGUCAUCAAAUAUUACUGGGACAAAUCCAUCAUGAACAUCAAGAAAUAUGCAUUAAAGUGUGCUCACAGUAACUUUCCCAAGCAGAUUGGUCGAUCAAGUUGGUCGCUCGAAAAUGAAAGAGACUUCAGUGUAAGUAAUAAGUCAUACAUCUCUAUGCUAUUUACAAUGGACCUGUUUUUGCAUCCAAAAUUUUGCUACUGCACCUUAAGAAAGUAAAUAUGCCCAUUUUGAUUUCAUGUUGACAUUUGUUCCACUGUACACCUCACCUGAGCUGCACAUGCAUUUCCAUUAAGUCAGCAUUGUUGUGUUGGUGUCUGGCCAUAUUUAUAAUCUGGAUUCGCAGUGUCAGGGUUUUUCCAGCAUGUGGUCUUGAGGGACAGCGUGUAUGUGGUUCUGCAGGGGUCUGCAUUAGCUCUAAUGGCCAGAGGGGUCACGUUUAAAAUCAUAAUGGCUUUCCCGCUCCCUCUCCUGCUGGGACAAGCGUCUGAACCACUCGGCCUCAGAAAGAACAUCAGCCAUUCAACUCCCUAAUAAAAGAUGAUGUUUUUAAUUCUUUAAAAAAAUUCAUUUUGCACUUCCCUCUUACACGAAGGCGGUUCUCGUUCUUUUUUUUCAGGAGCGGAUUCUGACACGUUGUCAUUAUAAUUGCGCUUUGUCACAGUGCUGUUGUUAGACUGUAGCUGGAGGGGAAAGGCUUUGUUUAUUGUUUUAAUACAGGAGAAAGACAGAGCUGCUUGACGAUUCAACCCAAGAUGAAAAAACAUUCUGAUCAUCCUAUUUUCAGUUUAACAUGUUCAAUCUCAGCUUACAUACAGAUGUAUUUUUCAAGCAUUACUUGUUACAUAUCACAGGUGGAAUCUGUAGGCUUUUUGAGGUGGUAAAAUCUGAGGAAUGUGUUAAACAAGAGCUGAGAGUUCUUCAAAAACAUUCAAAUUACCCAAUAAAGAAGUUUGUGAAUGAAGGGCGAGCCAAUUCCUGCGGACAUCUGAAGGCGCUGAUUGUGUGUGGGCCUGCUUAUCACUGACAGAUAGCAAUUAUAUUACAGCAUAUUGCUCUACUGUCAGCAUCUGCUCUGAUAAGCUUGGCUUAUCUAGAUUGAGUUCCUUGACUGUGUUCGGAACAGAAUACUAGUGUAUACCGCCUAUUGUUUUAAUUGAAUGUGAAACAGCAUAUAUAUAUUAAUAUAUAUAUAUAUAUAUUAAUAACUUAAUAAUUAUGCAGAAAUAGAGGUAUAAUAGUAUGCUAUUUCAAACACAGUCUUUGUUCCUAACUCAAACCCUGUUAAACUAACACACACAGCAGCUACAUAUUUCUUUAAGACUUUGAAGGUUAAAUUAUUUAUAUGUAGACGUACUUUAUGUGGUCUAGAAUGCACACAAUAGCAGGCAUGACAUCAGAAGGUUUAUGGAUGUUAUGUCCGGUGUGGGUCCGCAGGGUCAGUCGGAUCAGUCCGAGGGUUGGUGAGUCCGCUUCACACCAGCUGUUAGGGAAAAUCAAGGAUGUGGAAGAAAGUGAGGCAGGAUAAGUGAAAUGAUGCUGAGUAAUAUUUACCCUCCUCUCCCCUGACUCAUGCAGCGGUUGACCUCAUCCGCUGUAUUUUAUUUAUUUUAUUUUUUGUCUGUGUGUGUUGUAUGCUAAGAAAUGUGCCAGUUCAUCAGUUAUAUAAUGGAUUUAAAUGCAUCCUGCAGUGGCAGGGGAGGAUCAUUGUAGCUACUAAUGCACAUUUUAGCAUGUGCACCUAAUUUUGUGGUCCAUUUCCUGUUGGUUUUCUUGCUUUCAAGUAGAUAAAAGAGUCAAACAUGCUGCAUUUCCCCUCUCAACCCCCCGGCCAGCGAGAUGAGUAAAGCAAGCUUGUAUAUCUCAAAGGAUUUCACCAUUUCUGCCUCCAUAUCUGCAGGUUGCUUAUUUGAUUGUCAGCCACUGUUGUGCCAUUGUGAACAUUGAUCAAUGUUUUUCAUUGUUUGUAAGGACAAACAACAUGAUAAUGUCAUCUGUACAAUUUGUAUAAUAUAAUAAAUAUGAUUUAUAUUUGA